GACCUACCGUGCUUUGUUGUGCUUGGCUUUGCGGCCGAUUUUGGCCGAUUCCGGGCCCGCUUUUGGCCCAAAUUCGCCACGAGUGCUUGUUUUUGGCUGUUUUUGGUGAAUCUGGCGUUGGUUUAGUGCGGUUUUGUGCCAAAUUGUCGGUUUUUGGCCGUAGUGAGACGGAGGGCGGUGUGUCGGUGAUAGUAGCGGCCAGCGUCUAGCUUCAUCUCGCUUGUAGUAUGCGUCCUCCCCUUUGGAAAAGAUCGACUCAUCCGGACCUGUUUUCGUUUCAGCUUCGAAGUUUAACCAAGAUGUCGGGUUAUGGCGGUAUCUAUAUUAUAGAAUAGUGUUCCGAGUGUUUAAAGCGUAAAUUCGGCCCGAAAUAACCCACCCUGUGCUGUGUUUCGCGUUAUUUCCCCCCCAGUCAAGUGCGUGUGUGUCAACCACCCUGCGUCAACAAUCGACGAUCGGCCACGUUUCGCCCCCGAAAAGCGCGUUUUUGUCCCCAAUUUGGUGCUUUUGCCCGAUUCAUGUGCGCUGAGACACCCGGGGGGCCCUUCGUCGCUACAUACGUGGCCAAGCGCGCGCCAGCUACUUUCUCCGUUGCGAUCGCGGUGGCCUGGCAUACCAUGUAAAAUCGGGGGUGGUUUUCCCAAUUUCCAGUGUCUGAGUGCGUGCAGAAUAUGGGGGGCAGAGUGAAAUCAGUGGGGGCCGGACAAUACAGUGGCGGUUAUACAGUGUGUUCAUGAAUUGAGAAAAUCACCAGUUUUUCGGCGUAAAUGUAUAUGAUAUGGAAAUACAUUCCGUGAGAAUUGAACAUGGGCCUGUACAAACUCCGACAAUGUCAUAUUCGCAAAGACAACCCCAGAAUCAUAGACCGAACCACAGUCAAGCCACGACGGACAUUUACAAGCCUUCGCGUUCGCCAUUGUCGACAACAGCCCGCUACCCGUACCCCGCAUCCCCCCAACUCCCCCAAUCGCAGCCCCCGACCAUCAGUCAGGUGCAAGUGUCUCAGCGGUACCCCCCGGGGACGGCGAUCUACACGGGCGGUUAUCGCGACUACCGCCCCCAACGCAUCUCCCUCCUCCAUCCCGAAUAUGCGAGCGGACGGUCCCGGGAGAGCCUCCCUGGAGGCGCCGGCGUCGUCCAUCUCGACAGCGUCUCCCAGGGACAACAGCCCAUCAAGAAAAUACGCCUGCAGGAGCACAAGGAUAACAUACAACCUUUGAGGAUCGAUACGAGGGAGCAGCCGGGCACCUACAACCCCCAAGUGGAGGCCAUCUCCCCCACCCUCCCCGACCACCUCCAGCAGGAGGAGCAGACGUUUCGCACGACCAAAGACGAACUGAUCCAGCAGAUCGGGAAGGUCGAUCGUGAGAUUGCGAAAGCCGAAAGUCAGAUAACUAUCUUGAAGAAGAAGGAAAAAGAGUUGGAAGAAAUUGCAAAUAAGCCGUCCGUUAAAUCCGAAGUUGAAGAAGAUGCACAACCGAAGCAUCAAAGUCUUCCGCAGAAGAUCUAUGCGGAGAAUCGGAAGAAGGCACAAAGUGCGCAUGCCAAGUUGGAUUCGUUGGGACCGAAAGUCGAAUGGCCGCUCUACAAUCAACCGAGUGAUACAGCUGUGUAUCACGAAAACAAGCGGAAACAUAUGGCUUUCAAAAAGCGACUUUUGGAGUAUUUCAAGCGAAGACAUGCCGAAAAAGACGCAAGAAAUGCCUAUUUGACCGAAACGUACAGUAAGCUGAUGCAAGAAUGGCUGAGGAAAGUCGACAAGAUUGAAGGCAGUACGAAACGAAAGGCCAAGGAGGCGAAAAAUCGCGAGUUUUUCGAGAAGGUUUUUCCCGAAUUGCGAAAGCAACGGGAGGAUAAGGAAAGAUUUAAUCGUGUCGGCGCUCGCGUGAAGAGCGAAGCCGACAUGGAGGAGAUAAUGGACAACCUCCAAGAGCAAGCAAUGGAGGACAAGAAGAUGCGUAGUUACGCCGUGAUCCCGCCCAUUCUUCUCGAUUCGAAAGAACGCAAAAUCACGUAUCAGAACGAUAACGGCUUUAUCGAGGACAUGGAAAUGGUGUAUAAGAGUCGGCAAUUUCUCAAUAUAUGGACACCCAGUGAAAAAGAAGUUUUCAAAGAGAAAUACCUCCAACAUCCGAAAAAUUUCGGUGUGAUCGCUUCGUUCAUUGAACGAAAAUCGGUCGCGGACUGUGUUCAAUAUUAUUAUCUUAGCAAAAAGACCGAAAACUAUAAACAACUUUUAAGGAAGUCGAGACAGAGGACGCGCUCGUCGAGGAACAACACGCAGAAGGUCAACAGUAGUGCGAAUACCUCGGUUGUGGAUAUUUUAACGACAGGGGUGACGACCCGCCUCCAGCGCGAGCAGCAACAACAGCGCACGGUGGUGCAACAGAACCGCGAGCCGGUUUCGGAGGCGCCCCCCACGUCCACCGCCCCCACGUCCGUCCCGUCAUCUACAACAGCCGCCACCACCACCUCCACCACAACGACGGCCAGUUCGACGCCGCCGUCGACAAGUCCUUCAGCUACGUCUACAACAACAGUUACUGUUACGACAUCGGCGACGGCCACCCCCACCGCCGCCGCCUCCUCGACAACGUCGACGACGACUACGACAACGGUGGUCUCCACCGCGACGCCGGUCAUGUCGACGGCGGCGUCAGUGGUGACGGCUGCAGCGCCGCCAACGUCGCCCAAACCGGCCGAUAACGCCACCGCCGAUAACAACGCCGCCGCCGCCAAAACCACCUACAAUGAAUUCAAUUCGACGACGACGACGACAACGUUUGACGAUUAUCGAAGUCAAAAGUUUUUUGGGGACGACGCCAAGGGGGACGGUAGCGCGACGGCCGCCGACGCGGCCCACGAUGGCGUCGUCGUCACGGUAAAGAAAGAGAAUGAGCCGUCGGUACAGGAAGUCGCCAGUGGCGACCAAACGACCUCUGCGACUCCAACGGCGAUCGCCGAAACCAAAAAGAAGAAAGAGAGAAGAAAAGACAAAGAGAACGCCAAUGUGGAGACUAGUGACGAGGAAAACGCCGAUAUACCGGAUAAAACCAUCCAAGGCACGUGUAUCGUGUGUCAAGCACAGCUGGGCCCUCAUCUGCAGUCGCGCCCUCUGGUGCCAAGUCAGGCGUCACAGUACGGCUUGAGGGAGGAUCAAGUACCAGGCGGGGGUCGAGUGUGUAACACUUGUCGGUGUAAAUGUGUGAGGUCGAGGUACACACACUGCCCCCUUCCCUCAUGCCCCAACUCACGUGGGCGGGUCAAACGACUCCGGUCUUUCCCCCAAAGAUUGCAAGAUUUACCACCGGAUGUGCGGGAGCCCCUCCUUGCGGAAUUCCACGUCCCGAGUGGCGUUACAAAGUGUUGCUCCGCCUGUUUUAACCGAAUUCAACGUCGGUUAGGACCGGUUGAAGAAUGGACCGAAGACGAAAUCAACCAAUUAAAGAAUUGUCUAACCGAAAACGGUGCUAACUGGCAGCUGAUUGGCGAACGUUUGAACAAACCGGCCAAUCAAAUCCGGGCGUUCUAUUCCGCCAAUCGCAAACGUCUGAAUUUGGAGAGUUGUCUAGGUGACCGCAAACCAACCUUAACCGAUGAGGAAGAAAGUGGCUCGAGUACGUCAAGCUGUGAGGAACCAAUGAGAGACCGACAUUCCAGUGAUACGGCAAGUGCGGCUGAAAGCCCGCCCCAAGCCCCGCCCACCAAUCAGAACCCGUCGAAAAAGGAGGAUUACGAUUCGUCGGCGACCGAAACAGCCGACGAAGCCCAAACCCCCGAUCACUAUCAAGGCUCCGCCACCAUAACCCCAGUCACCAAUGACGGACAAAUCCGACAGAACGCCUCCCCAUUAAGUGUCAAAGACUUGGUCCUCAACGUCAUCGAAUUCCAACUAAUGAAGAAUCCCGGAGGCCAAGUCCAGAACCCCCCAACUAGUGGAAUGGCCCCCACCAUAUCCUCAAUCCUCAAUAACGACUCCUCCGAAGUCACAAUCGUGAGUGAGUACAACCUCAAUACACGCCCACCACGAUCCGACAUUUCAUUGGCUAAACUCGUAACGCCCCUAAUCGGAGCGACAAUAACCCCAGUCCCGGCCACGCCCCACCAACCCCCACCCGAACCCCGAAACGACCUCGUCGUCCUCUCCGUACAAGACCGCGAACCGGAAACGCUAGACCUCAGCAUUAAAAAACCAAGAGAACCGCCUCCUCCCGCCCACUCAAAACACCCACCAAUGCACCGCGAGUAUCUCCCACACCACGCCUUCCCAAUCCGCACCCAACCCAAACUCCCCUCCCCUAAACCAGCCAAUCCCAAAUCGGGCUCCAUAACUUUAGGCACGCCCAUUAUAAACCAACCACGCUACGAGGGCUUGCUCCGGCAAAUGGCCCCCGAGACCAAAAUGGGCUCGAUCACGCAAGGCACGCCCAUCCACAUGCCCCACCUCCAGGAAAAACGCGUCUAUGAGUUUUUUAAUAAAAGGGGGCCCCCACCUUCAGGGGGCUAUCAAUACCGACAACCGGCGGCCUACACCGUCGAACAACAAUUAAACUCGCGCCAAAUCAUAAUGAACGAUUAUAUAACAUCGCAACAGAUGUUGGGGCGGCGCGAGAAACCUUACUACGCGCGGACUCCACCCCCUAGCAACCAGAACCAACAAAGACAAGGGGUGAUUCAAAGACACACCCGCCCGUAUCUGCCCCCAGGCCAUGAGGCACUUUCGAGUCUCGUGGACGUGGCCGUACAACAGCCCAGUCUGCCCGUCCCGACAGCCCCCCACGAGGGGCUCGGCAAAACAAUGGCCGACAACAUAAUGGAACAACCCCAUCGCUUCCAAAUCAUCCAACAACAGAUGCGCCAACAACAGCGAAUGGAGGAACAAAGACGUAUUGUUUAUCAAAACUCGCGCCACCAAUCGCGCAACACUGAAACCUCCCUGACAGCGGCCAGCUUGAUCGACGCCAUCAUCACGCAUCAGAUCAACCAGACGAGUGAAGGCGGCCGUGAAGUGAUAAACAACCCGCGUGAACAACGUCCGGGAGACCUACUCUUCCAGAGUUUCCAUCGGGACCCCCCGCCCAACAACCCGCCGAAUGACAACGAGCGGCCGCCGAGUGUCAUCAGUAUUGAUCUCGAAUCGGAUACUGUCAAUAAGAAUUUGACGGUGAAAGAAUUGACAGAUUCGGUGAUAAGUCACGAUUUUAGCACGCGCGGUCCGAAUUAUCACUAUAUGCGGAUUCAGAAGGAUGAUAAGCGCUCGGCUACGCCUCAGCAGGACGAACGCCAGAUUAUACGUAUUGCGCAGCCGCAGAAGUAUCACGUGGAGCCGGUGUCGCCGCCUGACAACCACUGGGGGCGCUACCAGCAGCAGCAGCCGCAGAAUCAGCACAUCUCGGCGCUGGAUUACGUGAAGAACCGAAUUGUGGAGGUUAUGCGGACGGAGGACGACAAGAAGGAGGACAGUCAGGAGAAGGAGAGGAGCGACAGUCCUGGCGAAAUGGUGAUAGACGAGGAGGGGCAACAAUUCGGGCAUUGUUACACUGCCAAUGACAGUUCGAGGAAUAACGAGCCGAAGCCGUUGCUUUCUGCGCAGUACGAUCCGUUAUCGGACGAGGAUUAGAAGUUAGGUUAAUGUCCAAUAGGAUUCGAUUAAGUUUAAUUGUAGAUUAAUGUAAAUAACUUGUAUAAGGUUUUAUGUAAGGUUAGGGAUUAGUUACAUAACCUCAAAAUUUGAUAUUUAUGUCAAAAUGGCGGCAAGUCCAGUUUGCAUUUCCUAAACGUGUGUUGCUAUCGCGUGCAAUCAGUGUCGAACUUUCUUUUUCUGGAAAUGUAAAUAAACCCAUUCAUUAUAUAUAUAAAUAGAGUGUAAGGGUAAUAACUUGUAAAUACUUGUGAAUUCUUUUCCUCUUCUUUUUUUAAUUUUGAAUUCUGUUUUUACGAAGUAAUUUAAGUCUUUUGACGCUUUCACGUCUGCGCAAGACGAACUGAUGAUUUUUCUACACACUACAAGGACAAAUUAUACAAAAAUGCUUCCAAAAAGAUGUAUGUACACUGUCGAUUUUUUAGUUUGUAUUUUCAGAUAGAAAUUUGUUAUUUUGUUGAAAUAAAUUAAAUAUCAGUUU